UCCGGGCGGGGCGCCAUCUCUAUCGCGCACACUGCUGCUAGUUACAGCCUGCUGCUUGCUGCGUCUUUAUCCUAUAUGCUGUAGAGAAUAACCUUAAUCCUGUACCACCAUCAACUUAUUUACUAUUCAACUUACUUAUCAACUCGGUCAACGUGUGAAGAUGUUUUAUACUUGCGGUCCCAAUGAGGCAAUGGUGGUGUCAGGUUUCUGCCGCUCUCCACCACUCAUGAUCUCUGGUGGAAGAGUCUUUGUGGUGCCAUGUGUUCAGCAGAUUCAAAGGAUCUCUUUGAACACCAUGACGCUAAACGUAAAGAGUGAUAAAGUCUACACCCGUCAUGGAGUGCCGAUUUCUGUCACUGGGAUUGCACAGAUGAAGAUUCAAGGGCAGAAUAAGCAGAUGUUAGCUGCAGCCUGUCAGAUGUUCAUGGGCAAGUCAGAGAGUGAUAUUGCUCAUAUAGCCUUGGAAACGCUGGAGGGCCAUCAGAGAGCUAUUAUUGCCCAUUUGACUGUGGAGGAGAUCUACAAGGAUCGUAAGAAGUUCUCCGAACAGGUUUUCAAGGUGGCUUCAUCUGAUCUUGUCAACAUGGGCAUUAGUGUGGUCAGCUACACACUUAAAGAUGUUCACGAUGACCAGGAUUACCUGCACUCCUUGGGAAAGGCCCGUACGGCACAGGUGCAGAAGGAUGCACGUAUCGGAGAAGCCAUGAACAAGAGAGACGCAGUGAUCAGGGAGGCCCAUGCGAUGCAGGAAAAGGUGUCUGCUCAAUACGUAAAUGAGAUUGAGAUGGCUAAGGCUCAGAGAAACUACGAGCUGAAGAAGGCUACCUAUGACUAUGAGGUCAACACCAAAAAAGCUGAGUCUGAGAUGGCCUAUCAGUUACAGGUUGCAAAGACAAAGCAACGUAUAGAGGAAGAGAAGAUGCAGGUGCAGGUGGUCGAGCGCUCGCAGCAAAUCACGCUGCAGGAGCAGGAGAUCACACGCAAAGAGAAAGAGCUGGAGGCCAAAGUCAUGAAACCAGCUGAUGCAGAGCGAUACAGGCUGGAGAAACUAGCAGAAGCUGAACGUCUUCAGCUGAUCAUGGAGGCAGAGGCCGAGGCUGAAUCCAUUAGAGUUAGAGGAGAGGCUGAAGCAUACGCUGUGGAAGCUAAAGGACGCGCUGAGGCAGAGCAAAUGGCGAAGAAGGCUGAAGCUUUCCAACAAUACAAGGAAGGAGCAAUGGUGGACAUGCUUCUGGAGAAACUGCCACUGAUGGCAGAAGAGAUCAGUAAGCCUCUGUCAGCUGCCAAUAAGGUCACAAUGGUUUCCAGUGGAGGUUCAGAGAUUGGAGCAGCCAAGCUGACAGGUGAAGUGCUGGACAUCAUGACCAAACUGCCCGAAACUAUCGAAAAACUGACGGGAGUCAGCAUUUCCCAGGUUACCCGCACUGGUUGAAUCCACCUCAUCUUCAACACAGCCAUGAUUUUAUUUAAUGUAUGCAUGCCACACAAUCAUUCCUUCAAUCCAUCUUUCUUUUUAUUGAAAACAUUCUCUCUUUUCUAUCAUUUUUUUGUGUGUUUCUACUUUCAUCUCUCUUUUAUCUUUAAUGCACAUUUUGUUCUCUCUUUUUCAAGUUCAUGAGUCUGUCUAACUCUGUCCUUUUUGCCUUGCUGCCAAAACCCAAAGUGCAUUUUAAAGUCUACAGAAGAAGAAUGCUGUUCUUUAUAUUUUAUAAAUCUAAUGUCUAUGUUGAAUGCCAUCAGACACUACGGCCUUGACAAUGGUACAAAUUUACAUUCAUCUUUAAAUCUUGAGAGACAGAGGGAUCCAUUCAGGAAAGCAAGC